AUGCAAAAAGUUGAAAGUCAACAGAAUUUCCACCACAAGCAAGAUCUUGUGGGGAAGGUUGCCAUCGUCACUGGGGCAAGCAGAGGCAUCGGUUAUGCCAUUGUCCGCAACCUCGCAAAACGUGGGGCAGCAAUCCUCGCAACAUCUACAGGGGCAGGCAAGCAGAUUGAUGAACUUCGCGGCGAAGUGAAUCUCAGCUACGAGGGCCGCGAAAAUCUGCCUCCAAAGAUUGUGCACCAAGCUCUGUCAUUGACUGACACAGUCGCGCAUACAACACUAGCAGAUGCCAUCCAACGGCACUUCGAUGGCCAAGUUGAUAUUUUCGUCAACAAUGCAGCCAUCACCGACCGUACAUAUCCCGGUGAGCUCGAGGCAGACACAUUGGACAGAUUGUUGAUGUGUAAUAUCCGGACACCGGCGUUGAUGGUGGAUGAGCUGGUCAAGAGACGACACUUCAGGAAGAACAGCAGGAUCAUCUUCAUUAGCAGCGCCGAGAGUGUCAAUUGUGACCCAUCAGUCUCAAUCUACGCAUCUACCAAGGCGGCAAAUGAAGCAAUGAUCCGUUGCUACGCGAAUGCAUUCGGCGGGAAGAACGACGCGUUCGACUUCAUGGCUGAAACUACUGCCAAUAGCGUGCUCACAGGCCUGACAGAGACAGGAGGUGUUCAGCAGUAUGGGCCCAAGGUGUGGCAGGAGUUGCAGGACUUUUGGCUCGGAAAGCAAACUAUUCCGCGGCUGGGGCAGGUUGACGAUGUGGCUGACGUAGUAGGGUUUCUAUGUAGUCAUGAAAGCAGAUGGAUCACGGGGAGCAAAGUAAAUGCGAAUGGAGGCAGUGUUGCUCUGAUCUAG